AUGGCAUUUCUCUGCGACUUAGCCAACGGAGGUCCGAGCGACAAAGCUUCCAAAUUCCAGGAUAAGGUGUCGAGGAAUGCCGUUGAUUAUAGUCAGCCUCAAGCGGGCAAGGAUCUGACCAGCUGCAUCCAGUUGAAGGUGAAGAGGAACAGCGGUAAAUCAAUGGUCCCUGGCGGCGCAACUUCACUGUUCGUCGUACUGCCUGAAUGUUGGAACCAGCCUUUGUUGAAUUGUCUGUGCCUCGUUGGUGCAGCGGUAGUUCCACCAUCGGGUAGGCCAUAUGUUUGGUGUAGUAUUGGUAUUUCGACAAUGCCCUAUCCUCAAUACGGUAAAGGGGCGGGAGGGGCCGCAUGGUAG